UGGAUUUUGCUCACAGCUCCGGGCCACUCGACUCGAACUCCAAGAUGUCGAAUUAUGAGCAUUAUCUCGUUAUGCUCCAAGAAAAGAACAAACUGCUCAGUAAGCUUCGUCAGAAGGGCUCUCAUCAGAUAGAGCUCGAGAAAAGAGAGCAAGGUUUUUCCCUCUACCUUAAUGGAGCAAACCUCAAUAAAUCAAGGAAAGUUCCAUCCACUAGUAAAGGUCGUCCCAAAACCAUACAUAGAACAAGUAAAACAGCUGGCGAGUCUGAGGUCAUGGAAGCGCCAACUGAUGACAGGGCUAAGACGGCUCCAUCCAAGCGUAAGAGUUGGGUGUGUGAUUCUCUUGAGCUAAUGACUGAGGAUGGAGAAGCUCGGCAUGUACCAGUUCCAGGAAUUCUGAGUGGCAGCUAUGAUGAGGACUUUGAGCCUUCUACAGACAACCAUGAGCUUAGUCUCAGUUUCCAGGACAUAAGCACACUGAGAAAGAGCUUGGAGAAGGACUCUCUCAUUUUCCCUAACAUAGGAGGCAGCACAGUGGCGAAUGAGUACUAUUCCAGUGAUUCCAGUUGCAACGAAGAGCUGGACUCGCCUGAGGCCUCUUCACCCUCGACCACCCCUCCUGUACCAUUUGGAGAGUCUAGUGUUGUGUUAGAAUUUGAGAGCAACUCUCACUCAACUGUCAGUAUUGUCAGUCAACCCACUACAGCAAAAAAUAUCGUUUCAAUAACCAACCAGGAAAAUCCUAGCGGCGGCAUUGAACACCCUAAUUUGUUGGAAACAGCCAAUUUAAUGUCUCAAACAAAAGAAACAACUGAAUUUCGAAGUGAAGACCCCAGUAUGGCACCCCGAUUACUUUCAGCUGUCAGACGUAAGCAAACCAAACCCUUGCUAGAAUCCACACAAGAUAUAAUUGAUGCUGUCAGUGCUGAGAAUAAGCAACUGGACCGCCAUAUUCAAGUUACAGCAAGUGCCACGCCCCUUAAAAUGUGUGAUGAACAAGCAGGCAACACAUGCAAGUCUUCUCCUCUAUCCAAUGUACUGAACUCUGAUCCUCCUACUGAGGAAAAUGUUACUAAUAUACUUGAUAAGCAAGAACCACAACUCAAGAAUUCAUCUCCAUCUACUAGUUUCAAUCCACCGACAGAAAAGACUUCGUCUCGUUUCAAACCAGUUUUAGUAAAUCGUUACAAAGUUAAACCUGUUAGGCAUUACUCUCCUAUCCCGGACAGCCGAGCCGCUUUAAUAGAUGAGAGGCCUGGUGAUUCUCUGACUGAGUACACACUCUCUAUCAUCACCGCUAAAGUGAGAAAAAUGGAUGUAAGUAAACAGCGUAAACUGUUGGACAUGCUCAGUACAUUGGAUGCGCCACUACCGUCACCCCUCCCUACACCAACCACUCAAACUCAUGUCUCCACACCCCCUCAUAUUCCCACUACGCAAUCAAAAGCUUCCACACCCCCUCAUAUUCCCACUACGCAAUCCAAAGCCUCCACACCCCCUCAUAUUCCCACUACGCAAUCCAAAGCCUCCACACCCCCUCAUAUUCCCACUAUGCAAUCGAAAGCCUCCACACCGCAGUGGCUUGAGGGCACACACACAGAAGAGGUACACCAUCUACGAGGGUUAGAUAUAGCCCCGCCCCAUAGACCUUGCAGCACCCGAACUACUGGCCUAAGAGCUGGAUUUUCACAAGGAACUGACAAUAAUGAGUCUAAAAGUGGACAUGUCAGUGAACUGAGUGGAGAGUUGAAAAGUGGGCUUACAUCUUCAGCAAGUGAUACACUUCUACCUAAUCUGCAGUAUGACCAUGGUGCUCGCUCCAAUUCCAGUAAUCCAUGCCUAUUUUCUCAAGCUGAUGAUAUUUUUGUUGAUGAAGACCCUGCCAAUCAAACUCUAAUUGGAUCCUCUUUUGAUGAAAACAAUCAAAACCUCUCGCCAAUAAGACCGCCUCGCCUAAAAACUGCUACAAUCGCUAAAGGUCAUCAACAAAUGCCUUGUGUAGAUCAGUCUUCAGGUACAUCUCUGAACGUUGGUGAUUCCCUUGAUAACUCAGAAACUCUUCCCACUUUGCCACCCCCUGUAAUAUCUCAUAGAGAACCUGAACUUAAGUCUGACUCAAGGAAUCCUAGGAGUGAGUGUUUGGAGUCCAUACAAAAGUUUGAUCGCAGCCAUCUGGGUCAAAUCAAAUCUGACCUGCAAGAUGACAUUCUGGAAAGCUUUCUGUCAGAAUACCGAGAAGGUAAAGAGAGCCAUUCCCAUUCAGAAUCACAGCCGCUUGAUGAAGAAUUCCUGACCCCUGAGCUGCCGAGUGGCCGAGAGUUGAUCCUGCACAUACUCUCUACAUGGGGUGACAGGUUCUAUGUUGGCCUCACGGGGGUGGAGUUGUUCACGGAGGCAGGGGAACGCGCUACUGUGGAGCAGAUCACUGCCUCACCGAGUGAUAUUAAUAUGCUGCCUGAGUACAGCAAUGACCCUCGUGUUGUGAAGAACCUACUGGAUGGAGUGAAUCAGACAAGGGAUGACCUUCACAUGUGGCUAGCCCCCUUCACUCCAGGCCAAGACCACACGGUCACAAUUCUCUUUCCUCAGCCCACUAUUAUUGCACUCAUCAGGCUAUGGAACUAUAACAAGUCACGUAUACACUCAGCCCGAGGUGCCCGACAGGUGGAGAUAACCCUCGAUCAGCAGACUAUCUUCCAUGGGGAGGUGGCCCGGGGGGACAAUUGCGAGACCAUUCUGUUCACGACUAAUGAAGACAUUCUCUACCUGGUCUCCCAACACGAUACAUUCUACCAGAGUCAGUCCUUCGAGUCAGGGUUUAUGCAUUUUGACUCUAUUGACCUUUACCGUCCACCUACUAGUGAGACCACUGACGCAGACAGACCAUUAACAACAGCACACCACAAUCGCAACUCCACUUCAGAUAGGCCUUCUUUUGAAGAAUCUCAAGACGCUGACUUCAGUGAAGCAAGUCCUCCAUUUACCGAGACUCAUUGUCCCGAGCCCACUGGUCACCUAUUACAGAUCAGUCUUACAGAGACUUGGGGUGGCUCCGACUUCAUAGGAUUGACAGGGAUAGCAGUGCUCACUUCAGGAGAAGAAGUCUUGCAGUUGAGAAAAGAGCAACUUUCCUCCGAGAUUGAUGGUCAGAGGUCGGAUUCAGAAGUGGCUAGUUUACUGGACGGUGUUAAUAUGACUUGUGAUGUUGAGCAUAUGUGGAUCGUGCCAUUUGACUCGUCACAGCCUCCCACGCUCACACUGUCAUUAGACGCUCCUACACACAUCACUGGACUGUUGGUGUGGAACUACAAUGCAUCGGCUGAGGACAGCUAUAGUGGGGUAAAGGUGAUACACGUCUACCUGGACAGUAAACCCUUGACCCCUCCUGGAGGGUGGUUGACUAGGAGAGCUCCUGGUCAUGUGGAGUACCACUAUCAACAACUCAUUUCAUUCAUUGAGAAUCAUUCCCAUCCUAAACCACCAUUAGACGGAGCAUCAUUUCCAAGGGGAUUUGUGUUCCAGCUUCAGCUAUUAAGCUCAUGGGGAGACCCCUAUUAUAUUGGCCUUAUUGAGCUGGAAAUGUACGAUGCCACUGGUCAUGUGAUACCCCUCACCAUCGACAAUAUUGCAGCUUAUCCCGAUAGUGUCAACCAGCUCCCAGGGGUUCUUGGUGACAUUCGAACCCCGGACAAGCUCAUUGAUGGGGUGCGAGGUACAGAAGAGGCGGGGCACCAGUGGUUAGCUCCCAUUCUUCCAGGGGUAAUCAACAAUGUGUAUGUGAUCUUCAAUGAGCCUUGGAGUGUGUCUCAGAUCAGACUAUAUAACUACGGCAAGACUCCCAGCAGAGGAGUGAGAGAGAUAGCCGUCCUAGUGGAUAGUCUACUAGUAUUCUCUGGCACUGUCCCUCGUGCAUCCAACCAUGCUCGUGGCAUUCUGCCCACUCUGCAACUUCCAUUGGAUCCGUUUAUCGUCCACCUCGGGGAGAAGGCAGGCCAAGAAACUGCUUCAAUGUCCCUAAAUGACGUCCAAUUGACAAAUAAUUUCGAAGUCGUAUGCCCUGCAAGAAAAACAACAGCACCUGCCCCCAAUCAAGGUCUUCGUCCAACAACAUGUGUGACGAUACACUCCAACAGGCAUCAGAAUAAACACUGGUAGCCUCUAAGCAGUGUGCAUUAUCAUUAUGUUUUUAGCUCAGUUACAAUUUGUGUUUAGUUUUUGAUGUGGUUGUGGGAUAUGCAUGUUGUGAAUUCCUUUCAUGAGUAGAUUCAG